AUGUCAGUGGUCCACAUCAGCGGUGGAGCUCUUGAGUCCUUUAUGGCUGCCAUGUCUACUUUGCAACACUUGCCUUCAGCGCUGGCUUCACACAUGAUGGUGCCCCUGCUGCCCACCUCGCUGGCGUCGCCUUCUGCGUCAGCUUCCUCGUCCACUCCAGCUACCACAGACGUGUCGUCGUCUUUUGUCGGUAACACGCCGUCCACGGUGCUAUUCUUUUUGGCCAUGUCUGUGGGUGUGGCCAUAGCAUUUGUGUUUGUGUUUUUCACCAUGAGGUACUUUGUAAGGUCUCGGUAUGGCCUCCACAUUUACCCUGUCGCUCACCACGGCAUGAUGUUCACUGCCAGCGUCGGCCCCGAUAGAGUCGCCUUGUCCCAUUCCCCGUCUGACAGGGAGCUUGACUGGUACUUGAAUUACCUACGAAACAACCACUUUUUUCGAGACGAUUUUUUUGAACGUAGGUACCUUUCGGCGAUAGAAGGGCUAGAAGCGUUUCAUGGGACCGGCGGGCGCCGCAGAAGGCGCCGUAGAAGAGGCCGCUAUUCAAAAAUGAAGAAGCUCACUAUUGCUCAAGUGGAAACGCUUUUCCCAAAAACUUCGUAUGGCGAAUGGCUCCAUGCGGGCGGUGAUACUGAAGACGAUAUUACCUCAGUUCGCAUGGACGUCAAUGGAGACUCUGAGAAGAUGAUGAACGCUACAUCGGUGUCUGGCGAGCAGGGCGAUUUUGAAGUGAUUGAGCUUCGCAGGUUGUGUUCCCUGCCUGCUGGCGACGACCAUACUCAUCCCGAUUUAGAGGCCUCUUCGCUGGCGGCAACCUCCAACGUGAAGGGAGAUUUGCAUUUCGACUCUGGUAGCUGUGCUAUUUGCUUGGACUCUUACGAGUCAGAAGAUAUUGUCCGAGGAUUAAUUUGUGGGCACGUUUUCCACGCUGAGUGUGUGGAUCCCUGGCUCACACGGCGAAGAGCAUGUUGCCCCAUCUGCAAAAGGGACUACUACACGGAGAACUCGAGGAUUAAUGGUACAACCACCCUUAGCAAUGUUAUCGAGCGGGCAAGGGCAAAUUCGGAGCCGAAUGCUGGUCAGGCGGCUUCAUCUGAGCGUGAUGCUGCCAAUGACGACAAUGAGCUCAGGUCCGAAGACCCUUCACAGCCCCAAGAAAUCGAUUUGGCCGAGGCACCUACAACCACCAAUACACAAGAGGAAGGGAAUGCCACCACUACCAAUACUGAAGAAGAAAUCACCAUUGAUUACGAUCUCCUUAGAAACGAUCCCAACCUCAGAGCGCUUCUCAACGAGCUAAUACCGCUUUCAGAAAGGGCAAAUGCCAUUUUAAGAGGCCAAGAGACACUUGAUCUCGAGGUUGCUGCACGAAACAUUGCAAAUAAGAAAUUCUCCAAUUGCAUGAAGCGGCUCUUUUGGAAGCUCAUGGGCAUCAGUAAAGAGGACAUGUUCAAUUGGGCAGUUAUUACCCUAUAUUCAAGAGAGCAGGCUGAGCAGGCCCGAGAGGGCAGAGAUAAUGUGAGUGAAGACUUCAGGGUGGAGCAUUUGCCGCACGUUGAGCAGAAUGCCAACAACGAGCAGGCUCAAGAAGGUCAAAGUGGGGGUCAACAAGAAACCGAUGGCCAGGGCCGACAGGAACAGCAGGAUGAAGAGCAUUCAGUUUCAGUCCCCGAGCCAGUACAAAUGGAGCAGAUCCACUCAAUCCACACCACUCCUUCCAGACGGACAUCCCACGAAACCAGCAACAGCAUAUAUCACAAUGCGAACGGUGGGGAACAACCCGAGGAUCUUAGUGAGACUGCUCGAGAAGUUGUCGAGAGAAGAGUAUGA